CUCAUUGGUUGUCUAGAAUCGAGCAACAUUGUUUUAGCGGUCCACAUAAAAAGGUCAUCUCCUCUUUCACUUGUUUUUAUCUGAAAUUAGGGUUUCCGUUCCUUUUGUUCGCUGUUCGUGGCCCUCGUCGCUGCCGGUUGCCGAAUCUCCAAGAUGCCGUCUCACAAGACCUUCAGAAUCAAAAAGAAGUUGGCGAAGAAGAUGAGACAGAACAGGCCUAUUCCUCACUGGAUCCGUCUUAGGACCGAUAAUACCAUCAGGUACAAUGCGAAGCGAAGGCACUGGCGCCGCACUAAACUCGGAUUCUGAGGUUCUUUGCUUGUGAUUUUCUCUUCAUCCUUGGCAAUUGUUUUGAACCUGUUUAAGCUUUAGUUAUGGAGAAGACGAAGAAUAUAGAGCUAGAUUUUUGAAUUUUUUGCCUCUCAAUUAAAAACUUGUUAAAGAGACCCGUGCAGUUUAUAGGCUUCUUAAUUCUGUGCUAAAUUUAUGUCUGAAGUGACCUUCAUUCGACGGUUAAUCUCGUUUUCGAUUUGUUUAAUACUAUUCUAGUUCAGUUUUUUGCCAUUUUUUAUAA